CCGCCCUCUUCUGCCAGGCCUGACAAUGGAUUGCUCGGCACUCUACUUUCUCUGUCAGGCGACCUAAGGUCGAACGUCGAGUGACAGCUAUGGCGUCCGGCGGAGGAAAAGGGAGGGACACCGAUAACCGGGGGUGCGUCUGAAGAGGUGGGGUGCGCCCGGGACACUCAUGGCGGCGCACUACAAUGCCCCGUUUGAUGAACAGGGUGAAGUGCGUGAAGGGUUCCUGUGCCCGUUGUGCCUGAAGGAUCUGCAGUCCUUUUACCAGCUGCAGUGCCACUACGAGGAGGAGCACUCCACUGAAGACCGUGAGGUCAAAGGGCAGCUCAAAAAUCUGGUGCAAAUUGCUAAGAAAGCAAAGAACAAACUGCUGAAGAAGGAUGGAGGCGAGCGGGCCGAAGGUGGAUCCCAGGAUCGCUAUGAGGCAUUCAGCUAUGGAGGAGUGGACCCGUGUAUGUGGGACCCACAGGAAAUUGGGGCAAUGCGGAGUCACCUGUCUGACUUUAAGAGGCACCGAGCUGCUAGAAUCGAUCACUACGUAGUGGAAGUCAACAAGCUAAUCAUACGCCUAGAAAAGCUAACAUCGUUUGAUCGCACUAAUACGGAGUCUGCCAGGAUCAGAGUAAUAGAGAGGUCUGUGGUGCCGUGGGUCAGCGACCAAGAUGUGCCCUUCUGUCCAGACUGCGGGAACAAAUUCACCAUCCGCAACAGGCGCCACCAUUGCCGGCUUUGUGGGUCCAUUAUGUGCAAGAGAUGCACAGAGCUUAUCACCAUUCCAUUUGCCAAUAAAUUGACCAGCGCCAGCAAACACUCCAUCUCUGCCCACGGCAGUCCUAACUUAUCCCCCAACACUAGCGCUCAGACCUCCCGUCGGGGCAGCAUCAGCAGCCUCAGCAGUGUCAGCUCCGUCCUGGAGGAGAAGGAUGAUGAUAAGAUCCGCUGCUGCCAGCACUGUAAGGACACACUACUAAAGAGGGAAAUGCAAAUGGAUGAGAAAGAGCACACACCAGAAAUCGUCAAGAUCUACCAGAGACUCCGGGCCUGUAUGGAGAGGGUGGAUGAAAAGGCCCCUGAAUACAUCAGGAUGGCGCAGUCUAUAAACGCUGGCGAGACAACCUACAAUUUGGGCCAUGCCAACAACCUGAGAAUCGAGGUGCAGAAACUCUAUGAGUUAAUAGAUGCUUUAAGUAAGAAAAUACUAACCCUGGGACUGAAUGAAGAAUCCAAACCUCACCCCAAAAAUCUACAGCUGCAGAAGAUGAUCAGAUACUCGGCGACGUUAUUCGUGCAGGAGAAACUGCUAGGAUUAAUGUCACUGCCAACGAAUGAGAAGUAUGAAGAGUUAAAGGAAAAACGCAAGCAGGAGAACGAGCAGAAACUACAACGGGAACGACAGGCUGCUCUUGAAGUACAGCGGAGAAGAGAUGAGAAGAAAAAGGACACCCUUCCCCGCACCUCUGACGCACUGAACGGAAAGCCGAAGCAGACAGGUCGUAUUCGGAAAGUGGAAGGAUGGUUGCCAACAUCUGGUGUACCUCGAAAUCGGGAGACCUCUGACCCUCUCCUUCAACAAAUCGAGAACAUUACUUCCUUCAUCCAGCAGGCUCAGGCGGCCGGACGUGUGGAUGAGGUUCAUAUGUUAGAGGAGAAUCUGAGGCAACUGCAGGAUGAGUACGACCAGCAGCAGGUGGAGACGGCCAUAAGGAUGUCCACAGAGCUAGCAGAGGAGGAGGCCAUGCAGAGAGAACAGCUGGACUUGCUCAGGAAGAGGGAGGAAAGCAGGGAGCUGACGAAGGGUUUGUCCCAGCACAGUCGAGCUCACUCCCUGGACUUUCGAGACCAUCGACAGCUGGCGGGAUGGCAGGAUAAAAACACAGCAGCGCUAGAUCUGCAGCUUCCUAGACAAGACCUCAUCCCUGUGCAGCCUCAAAGUCCUCCAGACGCAGGGCCGGUCCUCCCCUUACGUAUCUCUCCUGUUCUCCCCAGCCAACCUGUGACCUUAAACCCCUUUGAGGAUGAAGAAGAGGAGUCUGAACCGGCCCCUUCAGACCAGAUCCAGCAGAACGGCAACAAGGAAUACAACCCAUUUGAUGAGGAGGAUGAGGAACAUCCAGAAGAGCAAGCAGUAGGUGCCCAUGAGGUCACACAGGCCUCGUCCAAUCCCUUUGAAUCGUCGCCAGAUCGUGACUACACGCCACCAGUUCCAAAAAACCCAUUUGAAGAGGAUGAUGGAGCCUGCGCCGGGAAUCCCUUCAAGGAGGCGAAUGAUUUGAGGGCAAUCGAGGAGGAGGUGAUUGAGGAGGAUCUGCUUCUACAACAGAUCGAUAACAUCAAGGCCUAUAUAUUUGACGCCAAGCACAGUGGACGACUGGACGAGGUGGAACUCCUAACGGAGAACCUGAGAGAACUGAAGAAGACGUUGUCCAAACAGAAAGGACAGACCAAGUGACCAACCCCCCAAAGCUCGGGGGUCACCCUCCAGUUCUCCUUUACAAGUUUCUUACCAGCAAAGCCUGUGUUGUAUCGGCGUGCUUCAAAAUGACCAACGGAACCGCUAUUGGAUCAGUGCAGUGAAUCUCUGGUAAAUAUAUAUAUAUAUACCACAGAGGAACGGAGGUAGGAGGGCUGGAACAUUAACCCUUAUGCUGCCUAACCUUAUCGCCACUGAAUGUGAAGAGCCUUUUAGAGUUUUUGUUAAUCUCAUGAGCCCAUUAUGUGGAUCAAUCUGUAGGGAAAUUAGCGACUGCCCAUAGGAACAAAGCUACAUGGACCAUAAUAUGGUGUGAAGAGAUGUGAGGUGUGGAUGAAUGAUCUGUGAUUAUAACACUACAGGACAUAGGAUGCUAUACGGCAGGAAGCUGCUGGCGGUGGAAAACAUGAAUGAUGUCUGGUAUAGCCUGAAGCUGAACUACAGGAAAGAGUUGUGACAUUUAAAGGGUAUGUCCACCUUUUGAACACCUCAUUUCUAUAUAAAGUCUACAUAAAAAGGGAAGUCACUGUACAAACAUUUACAUUACUUAUCCUGUACUGAUCCUGAGCUACAUCCUGUAUUAUACUCCAGAGCUGCACUCACUAUUCUGCUGGUGCAGUCACUGUGUACAUACAUUACUUAUCCUGUACUGGUCCUG